AUGUAUUACUUUCUGGCCAAUCUGUCCUUCUUAGACAUAUUCCGCCCAUCAGCUACUGUCCCCAAGAUGCUGGACAACCUCCUGACUGGGAAUCAUAGCAUCUCCUUCCUGGGCUGUGCUCUAAAGGCUUACUUCCUGGUAACAAUGGUGGGCACUGAGUUCUUCCUCCUCACUGUCAUGGGUCAUGACCGGUACUUGGCCAUCUGCUUCCCCCUCUGUCAUGACAAAGGGUCACUAUGCUCAGCUGGCAGCUGGGACCUCAGCAGCAGGGUUUCUCGAUUCCCUCCUCAACACAGUGUCCACCUUCUGCCUGUAUUUCUGCAAGUGCAGCAGGUUAACCAGUCCUACUGUGACAUCCCUCCACUGGUAGCCCUCUCCUGUUCAUCUAAAUCUAUGCCCGACAUGCUCAUCUUGGUGGAAAGAGGGAUCUCAGGAAUUGGUGCCUGUCUGAUUACCUUCAUCUCUUACAUCUAUAUCAUAUCUGCCAUCCUGAAGACCCAGUCAGUGGAAGGGAAGCGCAAAGCCUUCUCCACAUGUGCCUCCCACCUCCUGGUGGUCUGUUUGUUCUGUGGCACAGCCAUGUUCACCUAUGUUCUACCCUCCUCCAGUCAACGCUCUCAAGCUAGACACAGCCUCAUCUCCAUGCUCUAUGGGGUUAUCACCCCAAUGCUAAACCCCGUGAUCUUCAGCUUGAGGAACACAGAGGUGAAAGGGACACUCAGCAGGAUCUUAUGUCACUGA